AUGAAGUCAUAUUUCGUUGCCGCUGCCCUCUUUGCCGGCAGCUCGCUGGCAUGGAUUCCAGAAUGCGCUUGGAACGACUGCAUGUCCAGCGUCGACCUCGGCGCCUGCGACCAAUCCACUGGCUGGGCGUGUCUCUGCAACAAUCAGACCCUCAUCUCACAACUCAACACCUGCGUGUCAACGUCAUGCACGAAUGAGACCGACCAGGAAGCCAUUUACGGCGCUGUUGCUCAGCUGUGCGUCAACAACGGCGUGACCGUCACCAAUUCCGAACAGGCUACCUUCUCUGCCACAUCAGGUGGCUCGUUAAUCACCGCUGGUCCAUCGGGAGGUCCUGGUGGCCGGUUUGGUGGGGACUGGAACGAGUGGGUCAGCUCUUGUUCGAAUGGACUAGGUGGACCGCCGUCAGGAUGGUCGUCAGGGCAAGGUCCUUGGGGCAACCACGGCUGGGGUGGUCCCGGUGGACCUGGUGGACGAGGCGGCGGUGGCCCAUUCGGCGGUCCUUGGGGAACUAAAGCUUCUGGUAUCAACUGCGACGCAUGGACUACGUGGACAGCUGGCUGGGGACCAUUCAGCAGCUGGACUGGUACCUGGUCGGGCUGCAGCUCUACGACUGAUGCGCCUGUGCCUGCCACUGUCACGACUACGAUCAAUGGUCAGGUUGUGACUGGCACGACGUUUGGCGUCCAGGCUGCGGCGCAGAGUUCGGGUAAUGCUGGAUCGACUGUGGUUCAUGUUUCGACGAGGAUUGGGUUGACGACUUUUGGAGCUAUUGCUGUUGCUGUCUUUGGCGCAAUGGUGCACUGUAAACGCAAUGACAGCGAACGGGAUGAUUUGUUGGAAAGCAAGAGCAACGUAUUUGACGAGUCCAUAUGCUGCCCGCCAGCUCCCGCUGCGACGCUUUCGAAGAAGCCGAGCGAAAGAGAGGAUAGGGACGGCUUGGUAUUGAUACCCAUUACUUCAAAACGCACGGAUAGCACGUCAAGGGCUCAAGGCUAA